AUGGACGCUCUGCUGUCUGUCGUUGGACGUGCUGUCCUGGAAAGCGGGGACGAGCCGGCAGCCUGCACGAGCAGGCGAACACUGGUGCUAGCCAAUCACCAGAGCACCGCGGACGUGCCGAUGCUGAUGGCCGCCUGGAACCCACGGCCCGGGUUGCUCUCCAACCUAAUGUGGAUCAUGGACCGCGUCUUCAAGUUCACCAACUUCGGCAUCGUCAGCGUCCUGCACAAGGACUUCUUCAUACAAGCGGUGUCUUCUUUAUACUUCUACUUCACAGUGGACGGGCCUGUCCAUUCGUGCGGCGAAAGAAGCUAUGGCAUGGCCCUACCAGAGGUGUGGUCUGGUCGGCAGUAUGCAAUAUUGGAGCUAAAUAAACAGCUGCGCAGCGUACGUGCGGCGAGAUUGCCUAAUGCCUUCGUGCGUUACACCAUCCAUCUUAAUGCCCCUGGGGUGGAGCAGAGGCAAUUUCUCUACGGUCGCUCCAGUCCAUUGCCCCUGACUCCCUCUUUAUCACGUAGGCAGACUAUUAAA